AUGAGUGGCCUGCGCGAACCCGACACCCACGGCAGGAACGGUGAUAUACUCGCAGAUAUUAGCUCUAAUGGCCAGAUUCCUACUCCAGCACCCUCUGAAACCGGCCAUGCAAGCGAAGAGGAGGUUGGAGACCCUAUACCAUCAUUAAUCAUCCAGCACAAUGAAAAGGCGGUAAUGGCCAAUGGGCAUUCGAAGCAUCCUGACUGCGAUUACUUCACCUUAGACGGCACAACGGAGUCAAACCCUCUGCGGGAUGGCGGCACCCCAGGACAGGAGAGCAGGAAGAGGAGUAUUGGAAAGCUAGCCUCUCCGGCUACUGGUCAAGCGGACCGCGAAAAGGUGCUGAAGUUGUCGCCGGCGCAGAUUCAGGAGCUUACCCGUUCGCCAAGUUCCUUGCCAGUCCGCACCGCGUCGCCGUUGCCAGAGGUGGUUACUCCGCUUGUAGAGUCGUCGCCCUUUGAGGAGGGUGGACCGAAGCUUCAAAAUGGCGUCAGUGAAGCGCAAGGGAGUGCGGUGCAAAACAGUAUCGAUCUGGAUGGAGUUGGCACGAAGGCGGAGCCUCCGAGGCUGAGGCUAUACGAAGAGAUUAACGGCGGCACUCAAAAAGAGCAACGACACUCCCGCCCAAGCUUCUCCUCCAGAACCGUAUCUACGCCUGUGAUCAGACGCAAGCAAUCAUCAAGAACUGUCAGCCUAGGCCAGGACCAAAGCGGACAGCAGCGUGCUGGACGGCCUCCACCGCUUAACCUUGAUGAGAAUAAAACGAAUGGAACAUCGGGCGCGAAGGCAGUCUCUUCGCAAGACCCGCUACCAUCUCCUGCGCCCGCCAACUUGCCCCUUCCACCGUUGUCUCUUCCAACAUACUUGCAGCUAGAGUUGUCAUCUGAAAAGCCAUCUCCGCUAUAUAUUCACAGAUCGCCUAGUUACGACUUCCCGUAUGAGUCAUCCAAAGUGAAGUUCGAGCGCCUCUUAAAUUUUCUUUGGCUCGCCCCGCAACUGGAGCAGGUCCUCUGGUUCGGUGCACUGGCUUGUCUGGAUGCGUGGUUGUACACCUUCACGAUACUGCCGCUCCGCUUCUUCAGGGCCCUCUGGGUCUUGAUCAGGUGGGUUGCUCAGAGUGCCGUCAGGGAAGCAAAAGACCUUGCCAGCUUUGUCUACAACGGCUUGGGUCGACUAUGGCGACGUAAAAGACAGCAGUCUGACUUUUUGGUGCCCGGCACACCAGCUGUAGACGGGCUUAGCUCGAGGAGAACGUCGUUCAUCACCGCGCGUCCAUCGCUACCAACGCCAGUGGCUCAAGAGAACGUUAAUUCCGAUCCGGUCUCUGCACAACGGCCGCAACCACAACGCAGGCAUACAAAAAGCAAUACAUAUCGGAGCCGGCGGACCAAGCCCAAGCCAUCGGCGCUUUUGCCAGACCACAAGGCUGAUUUACUUAACGGCCUACUAGUCCUUACUAGCUGCAUGAUUCUAAUGCGCUUCGAUGCGAGUAGGAUGUAUCACGGGAUCAGAGGGCAGGCUGCCAUCAAGCUAUACGUGAUCUACAACGUCCUAGAGGUCUGCGAUCGAUUGUUUUCUUCGCUCGGUCAAGACAUCAUGGAGUGCCUCUUGUCACGUGAGACAUUAGAGCGCGACACUGAUGGACGAAGCAAGGUUAUCCGGCCUCUCUGGAUGUUCAUGCUCGCUCUGAUCUAUAACGUCAUCCAUGCCACCGCCCUCUUCUACCAGGUCAUCACGUUGAACGUCGCCGUAAACUCAUACUCAAACGCUCUGCUGACUCUACUCAUGUCCAAUCAAUUCGUCGAAAUCAAGAGCACCGUCUUCAAGAAAUUUGAAAAGGAGAACUUAUUCCAGCUUACCUGUGCUGACGUGGUUGAGCGCUUCCAGUUAUGGCUGAUGCUCCUGAUCAUCGCUCUACGGAACAUCGUCGAGGUUGGCGGCCUCAGCAUCCUUGGGGAUAUCUCAGGUUCAGCGGGCGCCGCUAGCGUUGGGAGCAAUGCCACCAGCGCCCCCUUCCGCAGUACCAGCAUCAUCCCUAAGUCCUUCACACUCUUUCCGAAGUGGACCGGCCAGGUCCUUGGGCCGUUCCUCCUCGUUCUCGGCAGCGAGAUGCUUGUCGACUGGCUGAAGCACUGCUAUGUUACAAAGUUCAAUAAUGUAAAGCCUGCCGUCUAUAGCCGGUUCUUGGACGUGCUGGCGAAGGACUACUACUCUCACGCCUUCGCAGACCAGAACCUAACCAAGCGUCUCGGCCUCCCCCUCCUCCCCCUCAGCUGCCUCUUCAUCCGUGCCCUCAUACAAACCUACCACAUGUUCCUCGCCAUCCACAUGCCGCUGCCCAUUGCCUCGACCGCUACUUCUCUCGCCAUGGAAAGCGCCUCUGCAGCCACAUCUCCCGCAACCACCGCAGCACUCGCCCACAUCGAUACUGUCUUCCGUCGCGCGCUCGGCCGCAGCUCUUUCGGCGUGGGCACCUCCGCUGGGACUGCGAGUUGGUGGUCCCUCAGCGCCUGGACGUUCGACGACGUCAUCGCGUUUGUGACGAUGGGCGUUGUGUUUUUGGUCGCGUAUCUUCUGCUGCUGACGCUCAAGCUCGUGCUAGGGAUGGCGCUGCUUAGUUUCGCGCGAUCAAGAUACCGAGGCAUGAAAGAGAGGGAGAGGGCAGUGGUUGAUACGGCAGGCAAGAGGGUUGGUGGUUGGGGUGUCGUGGAGGUUGGGGAGGAGAAGCGGAGGUGGAUUUAUGCGGAUGAUCCUGAGGGAGCGAGGGCGCUGAGGGAGAGGGAGGAGAGGGUGAGGAGUAAGGAGGAUAAGGGUGGGGAUAAGCUGGGGGGGGUGAGGAGGUAUAGCAUGGUUGCUAAGAGGAUUUGGUAG